AUGAAAGCGAUUAUCUUCACCGCUUUAAUAGCGGUCUGCAGCUCCGCAAAUCUAGACCACAGAUAUCUUCCGCCAUCUUCAGCUAAAGCGGCUGGGGGCUCAUCAGAUAUCCUACAACCUCCGAACCUACCUAUCGGAAGUUAUGAGAACGACCAUCAAGGAGUCGUGGUUGAUGCCGCAGUUGGAAUUAGAACCUCAGAUCAAUCUGGGCAGACAGGUCUGGGAGCUUCAAGAAUCAGCUACGGGUCCACAAACUCAAAAGUUGGAGAAGCAGCAUUCAGGGACAAACAUCUUCAGGGUGGAGCUUCUUUUCUUCCGCAAGGUUUUGUAGACUUUAAUAGGCCAGAGAGGGUUCAGGCCAGUCGUGAUCGUGCCUCCAACAUACUAAGGCUUGAGAACAAUUUGACCCCUGAUAGCUACAACUAUUUGUACCAAACGGAUAAUGGUAUAAGCGCUGCUGAAAAGGCUGUCGCUGUCGAUGGAGUAAAGGCGGAAGGAGGAUAUUCUUAUACUGGUGAUGAUGGGCAAGUCUACACCGUGACGUAUACAGCUGACGAGGACGGGUUCCAGCCUAAAGGAGCUCAUUUGCCAACACCCCCACCAAUUCCACCAGAAAUUUUGAAGGCCUUGGAGCAGAAUGCUAAAGAUGAAGCUGCGGGUUUGAUUGAUGAUGGCUCCUACGACGCGCAGAAGUACAAUACCGCCGGUGAUUACUCAGACAGCAGCGAUAAUGAUGGAUAUAACGACAGACAAUCAAAUAAAGUUGCCAAUCGACCUGGAUCUAAUUCCCCUUCAAGCUUCUUCAUCAAUCAGAACAAUCAGGCGUUUAAACCUAACUUUGGUACACAGGCAGGUAUCUUGAAUAAUAAGGAACAAGCUAACCAGAUCAAAUUUCAAACAUCAGAAGGCACACCUAAUCUCGCAACUGACACUACUGCAGGGCUCAUUAUCAAACCAGAUAUCACCCAAGCAAGUUUCUUUACCAGCAAUAGGUUUGGAGAAACAAAUCCCUCACAAAAUUUUAAUCAGCAAACAAUCACUACAAGUCCACAGUUUUCUCAAAAAACUUUUGGCGAAAAGUUAAAUGCAUCGAUUAAUGAUGGUAAACCUGCGUCAUCGCAAGAUAUUGGAAUACCUCUUUCCCAACAACCUUUGCAAAAUGAGCAUAACAUACAAGCCGCAUUUCCAUCAGAAAAUCCAUUUAAAGUAAUGAAUACUAUACAGCCCUCACAAACUAGUUCUUUAGUUUCAACCAUAAAUAACAAUGGAAACAUAAUCAAACCAUUUAAAGAGAUAAAGCCAUCAGGUGCUUUAAGUUCACAAGCAAGUAUUAUACCGGCCAACCAGCCAUCAAGGGAGCUUACAACUCCAUUUGAGACAACUGUAAUGUCAAACGUUGGAACAGACCGUAAGCCUGUUAACACCUUUACCCCUCAGGUGAUUGAAUCAGCAACAGCUAACUUUUUUACAUCACCUCAAGCUGGUAAGAUACAAAAUAACGGACAACAGAGUCAGUUGACAAAUAAAUUUGUAGAAAACAUUGAUAAUUACAACAAACCAUCAUUGUCUCCAGACACUAUAUUCCAAAAGCCAUCAUUUCAAGGAUCCGACGAUAAGCAAAAUGUAAAUAGAAUAUCAGUCACUCAGCAAAACUUUUUAACACAGAAACCAAUUACUUCAUAUGAUGGCGAAAUUUACCAGUACAACAAGCCAAUAUUGUCUCAGGGAUCUUCAAAUCUUCAAGGCUUUAGUCAAAAAUCAUCAAUAGAGAGCUUUAGCCAGAAUUCAAAUAUUAAACAACAAAUAUCUGCAAUUCAAAGUAUUCCGACAAAUCAACCGGGAUCAACAUACGAAAGUAAUAUUUAUGAAUAUAGUAGACCAACUUCAAAUUCAAAUCCAAAGCAGCAAAGGCCGACAACAUCUUCAAUACUAAACGUUAAUCAGCAGCAACAAAACUUUGAGAACCAAAAUCAAUUACCGCCGAGUCAAUCCACAAAUAAUAUUGAAGAACUCGAUCAGUACAAUAAGCCGUCACUGCAACCAUUUAUUUUAAACCAGCAAACUUCACAGUCAACUAUAUCAACAAUUUCUGGAGAAUUUUAUAAUAAACCUACGUCUCCGCUUCCAAACUCGAGUGCUCAAACUCCAUCCCAAAAUGAUUUUACUCAAUCUCAACUAAAUAAUCAGCCACACAGCUUAGUUGGGUCUUUAGUUAGUCCAAACUCCAAACUACCAGUAUUUCAAAGUCCCCAGGGCUCAUUUUCACCAACAAAACCCUCCUUUGGAAGUAGCUUUCCAAGUAUGUUAGAACAAAAUUAUAACAUACAAACCCCCAAUUCAUUUAAUGAACAGACAACCACUGAGGAUUUAAACAAGAGGCCACCACAAAGUACAUUUGUACAACCACGACCAACAGUACCUUCGUUCAGUCAAACUAUAAUUAAUCAAUUUAGACCACAAGUGCCCAUUGGUACCUAUAAUUAUGACAUACCUUCCAAGCCCUUCCAGCAAAUAAAUUCAUCAUCUGAUCAAAGUAGAAUAACUCAAAGACCUCAGUCUUUUGGAAAUAUUAAUAAAGCAACCUCGCAGCCGAUUCUACCAUCCACGACUGGUCAACUACCGAGUUCAUUCCAAAACAAUGGCAUUACUCAAGCUUCAAUUUCUUCAUUUGCCCCAAAUACUGGCUCACAAUUCAACCAGCCAACGAAUUCGCCAUUCAAUACUAGACCAAGUUCUACAUUUGCCCAAGCUACUGCAUCAACGGGACCAUUUCCAACAUUUCCAAGUUUGAAACCUCAAGAACCAAUGCCUACUUCACAGUUUCAACCUUCUAAUACAUAUGAUGGUGCAAUCUAUCAGUACAAUAAACCCGAAGAAUCCUUCCCUGCUAAGCCUGAAAAAAGUCAAGAGAAAAUAAUAGAAACACCUCCGAUAAAUGGUCAACUCAAUCCCCAGUUUAUACUUAGUUUAGAUAAUAAAGGCUCUGUUAUUGAAAAGUUUGAAUUCAAGCCAGUAUCAUCACCCCAGGGGAUUCCUACACUUCCUAACAGAUCACAAGGCCCAACUUUUGAUCAAUUCAAACCAGAUCAAUCUGACAUUGAACUGUCUAAAGAAGCUGAUUCUCGUCCGAUCGGUUCAACAAUUCUUGGCAGUGCAUGUUGUAGUGGGCAUUUGCAACCGAACAAACAAUUUGGUAAGCCCGAAACGAAUCGUAAUGAAUUAAACGCACAAUCGUUAACACCGCAAGAGGCAAGUUCAACAAUCAAAGGGGAACAAUUUGAUGUUAAUAGAAUACCAUCAACCUUCGACUCAACGGGCUAUCAUUAUUAAUUAACUGAAACGCAUAGCAAA